AUGGCCGGCGGCAGGAAGAGCGGCUCGGCACCACAGACACCCGACCAGCGAGUCAGUGCCCACGCGUCGGCCUCUCCGUCUCCUGGAUCGAGUCCCGACGCUGACGAACUCACAGCGCUCAUUACGGCCAUCAAGUUUGCCCAUCCCGAGUUCGGCGUCAAGCGCGUACACGACCACGUCGUGGCGCAUGGCGGCAAGUUCGCGCGCGUGCCGUUCAAGCGCGUGAAGCGCUACAUGCACAAGAUGGGCAUGAACUCGCCCAUGGACGAGAGCGACAAGUCGCCGCUGAAGCUCAUGACCGUGGGCGGAGAUUCCAAGUCGCUACGCGAGGGCGGCGUGGAGACUCGGUCAGAGCCGUCGGACGAGAUGGUGUGGCUGCCUGUGAAGCUGGACGAGCCAGCGUCCAAGUUGCAGGAGUUCCCGUACCAAGCAGUGAUCCGAGUGAACACGAACGAAGACGGCGAUGCCGAGGGUUCGCUUGGCGAGAUUUACAAGAUCCAAGUGGCGACUGACGCCGACGAGUCGCUGAGCACCAUCCACCCCAUGCUGGUGUACAACAAGGCGCGCUCGCGCAAGACGUUCUUGCACCCGGACUCGCCCGCCUAUUUGCCAGUGCAGCGACUCGUGGCAGCAGAAGGCGUCAGGGGCACGUUGGGGGGCUCGAAGGCUUACUUCUGGGGCCGGUACUUUAAGAUCGAAGACAUGCUGUACAUCAACACGGUGAAGAUGGCACCUGCGCAGCAGUGGUAG